AUGGACUACUCAGUCGAGUCUAACUUGCACGAAUUGAUCAAUUCAUCUACCCACAAAUGGAUCUUUGUUGGUGGUAAAGGUGGUGUUGGUAAAACCACGUCUUCGUGUUCCAUCUCCAUUCAGAUGGCACUAGCUCAACCCAACAAGCAGUUCUUGUUGAUCUCUACGGAUCCAGCUCACAACUUGAGUGACGCUUUCGGAGAGAAGUUCGGCAAAGACGCAAGAAAAGUCACUGGUAUGGAUAACUUGUCGUGCAUGGAAAUUGACCCUUCUGCUGCGCUUAAAGACAUGAACGACAUGGCAGUGGCGCAAAAUGGUAGCGGAGGAGACGGUCUCGGUGACUUGCUACAAGGCGGCGCUCUUGCUGAUAUCACCGGUUCCAUUCCUGGUAUCGAUGAGGCUCUGUCGUUUAUGGAAGUCAUGAAGCACAUCAAGAGACAGGAAGAAGGCGAAGGUGAGAAAUACGAUACUGUCAUUUUCGACACAGCACCUACGGGCCACACUUUGAGAUUUUUGCAAUUGCCUCAAACGCUCUCGCAGCUGUUGGAAAAGUUUGGAGAAAUUGCUGGUAAGUUUGGCCCUAUGCUCAAUUCCUUCACUGGUGGAGCCCAAAACAUGGAUAUAAUGGGCAAAAUGAACGAGCUCAAGGCAAAUGUGGAGAAAAUCAGACAACAGUUCACGGAUCCGGAAUUGACCACCUUUGUGUGUGUAUGUAUCAGCGAGUUUUUGUCGCUCUACGAAACCGAGCGUCUCAUUCAAGAAUUGAUGUCUUACGACAUGGAUGUCAACUCCAUUAUUGUCAACCAGUUACUAUUCGCAGAUGAUGACAGCGAACACAAUUGUAGACGUUGUCAAGCGCGUUGGAAAAUGCAGAAGAAGUACCUGGACCAAAUCGACGAGCUUUACGAAGAUUUCCACGUUGUGAAAAUGCCGUUGUGUGCAGGUGAAAUUAGAGGGUUGAACAAUCUCAAAAUGUUCUCGCAGUUCUUGGCCACCGCUUACGAGCCAAAGACCGACGGGAAAAUUAUCUACGAGUUGGAAGAGCAGAAAUAA